AUGGCUGGCCUUGACAUCUACUGCGCCGUCUGCUGUGGACCCUUCAAACUCCCUCACAACUUCCCUGGACCUCCGAUCGCAGGCGCAGAUUCAGACAGCCUACAGUGGCUAUAUUCUCUAUGUGUCCUUGGGCGCAAUCUCGACUUAGGCGGCGUGGCUUAUCUGAGUGGGCCUGGAACGGCCGGGUUGUACAACAACGUGCGCGUCACACCCGGCUCAGAUCCCAACGCGCCGCGACCGUCUCGACGUUCGGAGUGGCUCGAGCUGUCGGCGUACUAUGAUUGGGAUUCGAUGGGUAGUGGUGAGGAGUAUGUGGCGCCGUUUCCGGUGCAUUGUGCCUGUUGGGAAGUCAUGAAGCGAGCAUUGAGGGCACGAUGGCGGAGAAAGUUAAAUGGCGUGGCUGACGGGCCUGUGUACUUGGAGAAAGUGAGGACUGCCAUGCAGCGGCUAUUGAAGGGUGGUGCGUGCCGUUUGGCAGGCAUGGAUUACUUCGAGUUUGGUGGGGGUUCAAGGAGGGAUCCGCUGUGGGAGGAUGACGGUCGAGAUGAUUUUGAAGCGAUCUUGCCGUGGUUUCUAGACCCGUUGACGAGAAUUGGUGUCGUAUUUCCGCAAAAGGUUCCUUCCCCAAGCAACAGAGUACACACAACUCAGGCAGAGAUCAACAGCACAGGACGGAGUCCGUUCUUCGACUUGCCAAGCGAGCUGCUUUAUCAGACUCUGGACGAGCUAACCUCGCAGGACUUCAUGGCUCUGAUGACGGCGUGCCCAGCUCUGCAUCAAAAGCUAGACGACCGGUAUUGGAAGCGCCGCAUCUCGGCAGACAUGCCGUACUUGUGGGAGCUCGAAGAGCGAAUGCAGAGCUUGACUGUGGGCGAGUCAGAUGCUAUUGAUUGGCUGGAAUUGUGGCAACGCCUGCUCGAAGAAGCGUACCCGGCCUCAGAGGGAUUCUCGCGUGCUGGGAUGAAAGACAUACAUCUCGGCCGCACAAGUAUUGCCAGUAGGAGGCGAAUAUGGGAAUGCGUUGGUCAGUUGCUUGAGCGCUGCGAGUAA